CAUGCCAUGUCAUGUUUUGUUUGUUUAUGUUAAGUUUUAUUUUUUCAAUUUUGACUUAAGUUCUAAGUUUUCGUGACAAAGUGAAAAUUGUUGGACUCCUUUACAUACUAAGUACAAUAUGAAAUUAAUCUCGACACAAUGGAUAUAUAUAAAAAGAUCCUCUUCGAUACUUUGAUCUUCCUAAUUUUUACUAAUUUAUCUUGUGGUUCUGGUCUUGAUGUUAAGGAAGUUGCGAGAAAUCUUAGUGAAGAUAUAAAACAAAUAAAAAACAAUGAAUUAGGGGUACCUUUUAUUUUGAAAUUAUAUAACAAUUUUAUGUACUUACCUGGUAGUGUUGAUGUUCAGAAAAGUAUCCAAGUUAUGCUAUACAAAUUGGAAUCUAAAAUAAAUGAUAUAUUUUCCGGAUUAGAUAUCAUCCAGGAUAUAGUUGAGUCGAGAAACAUUAGUUUAUCUUCUGCUUUGAUGCCUUGUUUUCGAAAGGACUCUAGUCAGUUGGUUGUGGAUACUACUUUUAUUGGAAAUAAAACAGUGCUUCAUUCUUUAGGAUCCAGAUACGUUUUAGAUAAAAUGAAGAGAAGCGUUGGAACAACAUCCGGAGCGAUAAAAAGGCAGUAUAUUAUCAGUGAUUUUGAAAUUCGCAGUUUGGAGUAUUCCCCAUUUUUUUUAUGCCACGAAUGUGAUGAAACCAUAUUAUGGGAAAAUUACAUGCACAGAAAGAAAUAUCAGUUAAAAAAUGUAGUGUUAAUUUUAGACAAUGGCGGUUCAAUAAAUCAUUCUCAGCUUCAUGUACUUAAAACAUUUGCCAAAAGAGUUAUAUCAUUUUUGACAAGUAAGGAUCGCAUUGCCCUUAUAACUAUUAAUUCAAAUUACACAUACUUUAAAAACGACUGCGACUAUACCAAGGAACUAUAUGACACAAUUCAUCUAGAACAUGUUGAUUCAUCCUACAAGAAGGCAUUAAAUAACUACAUCGACACUCUUGGCUCAGAUAAUAGUGCUACAAAUCAUUUGUUGGGUAUCAAAAAAGGACUAGAAAUUGUGUUGAGACAAGCCAAAGUAAUUAAAAAUGAAACUGUCAUGAUACUGUACGUAAGUCGAGGUUUAUUAUCUUCACUGAUGGAGCCGAAAAGUGUUUUGGAAGCUGUUGCCAAAUUCACAGACAGACAUAAUGUUUCUUUGGUUAUUAACACUUGUGCCAUAUCUGGCGAUUUUACGCCAAUGUACGAACCACAGUUCCUACGAGACAUGGCAGAACAGAACUAUAAAAAAUACAACAUUAGUUACAAACCAAGUCUAUUUCGUAGUACUGGAGUCAUGUUAACAAUAAAUAAUUCAAGAAGCGUUCCAUUUGCUGUUCAUCAAUUUUAUAAUGUGUUCAAUCACGAGUUAAUGUUCGUUGCAGAAAAGAAUAUUUCUUUACCGAAUUGGGAUGCUAGUACUGGAGAAUUAACUGUGUCAGUUACGAAAGGAGUUUUAAUGGAAAAUCAAUUUUUUCUUCUCGGAGCCGAUAUAUUUUUUGAGAAUUUAGUGGAGGACAUAACAUACUACAGAAGUAAUCAAGAUGGCACCUAUGCUUUCCUAAUGGACCUUGAAGGCAAAGUUCUUAUACAUCCGUCAUUUUUAAAGCCUGUGCCUCAUAGCCAUCAAAUACUAUUUGUGGAUAUAGAACAAUUUGAAAAAGUAACUGAUGUGCAUAUUUUGCGGAAAAGGCUUCUCACUGAGGAAAAGGGAGUUCAUGAUACGUUUAGAUAUAACAGUUCGGAUUUGGUCAAAUAUACAUGGAGUAGAGUAAGCAGCUAUUAUGUUUUGUGUCUUGUAACAAGUACUAAGUAUGGCAAAUUCCAUAAAUCUUAUAAAUCCCGAUGGUAUCAGAGUUCUUCGAAGAGUAAAUUCUUGUAUCACAAUUUAGAGGAUUAUAAGUUGUGUCGUCACAUGAAUUUGUUGGCAACAAUCGAUGUAGCAUCUCUAUACCUCAGCACGUCUUGUUUCCAAUCACCAUUCACUGCCUCUCGGAUGAUUCAAGAUAGAUUAACUAGUCAGGGCUAUUUGGCAUAUAUAAAAGACGACACUAGACUGUUAGCCAAUCCAGGCCUUAAAGACGAAGUUAGGGAUGAAGUAUCAACUCUCUCGCAUCUUCUAGAUUUUCUGAGAAAAAAGCAACUUUCUUCGCCAUUAUCGAAGUAUAUCGUCCGGCGAUACGCUUCGUCUUACACUGGCGUAUUGCAGAUGUUUCCAGGAAGUGUUCUCCGACAAGGAAUACAACCAACGAAGAGACCGUGGUUUCUCAAAGCCUUACAACACAGAGAUAAGGUUAUUCUUAUCCCUCCGUAUCUAGAUAAAGGAGGUGCAGGGUAUAUCGUUACUGUAGCGUAUGCUACAUCUCAGGUAGUCGUAGCCAUAGAUUUUACAUAUGGCUACAUGUUAAAGUUACUUUUAAGUCACAUGCCUACAUGUCUAAACGAAAAGAUAACGUGUUUCUUGAUAGAUGAUCAAGGAUACAUCGUUUACCACCCCAACUUAAUGGACGUAAACGGCAUGAGGCCCGUCGUUGAACAGCAGCACAUAGUACAUAAGGAGUCAUUGGUAUCCAAUGAUAUAUUAAACCACAAGCAUUUCAUUAAGAAAAUAUUAUGUAAUAAUUACAGUGAUAAUACCAUUCAGCGAUAUUACCGACUAAACACCAGUUUCACCGAUGUUUUGGUUAAUUUCGUCCCUGGAGAGCACUGCGUUACUUAUCGGAUAACCUCGGUGCCGCACACGAAUAUUUUUAUAGGUGUUGUGAACGCUUCUUGUGAUUUUCUCGCGACUUUUUGUCCGUGCAGUAUCGUUGAUAGACUGUGCUUGAAUUGUAACCGCAUGGAGCAAAAGGAGUGCGAGUGUCCUUGUGAGUGUCCUUUGGAUGACGAGAAUAAUGUUUGUGGAGAUGUUUAUGCAAAUAUGACUAAUAAUCCACCUUGUACAGGGUAUAUAGACGAAUCGUCUUUGGAAACGAGUUUUACAGUCGAUACAGAAAAUCAUUUAGAACCUUGCUUUCCUGUUAGUUGUCAGUCACAGAAGUUGUAUUUGGAUUGUUUGGGAUUGGUGGGUUGUGAGUGGUGUAGGUACGAUAUGGAGGGGAACUAUCUAAGAAAGCCUUUUUGUGGGAUGGUGAACACUUGUUUUAACGGUUUUUUUGAUAUGACAACUUCGUACACAGGAAAUAUCGCAGUAGACUCCGAUUAUUCUCCCGUAGGGCCUAUUUUAGGGUCGAUUAUAGCCAUGUGUAUUUUAUUUAUACUGUUAUUUAUUUGUUAUCGUUCGUAUACUAAUCCUUUGACAGAGAGGCUUUACUUGUCUUCCACCCAGGAUCAACUGAGGAUGAGUGAUUUGAAUAUCAACGAUACUUUUCACGAUUUGGGUAAUUAUAGAGAUAAGCUUUUGCAGGAAGAUAGCCCUAAUGUAAUCUCACCGUAUUGUAUGGCUAGUACUUACAAACAAACCCCAGUGGCAGCUGAUUCCGAUCACGGUUAUUCUACAAUGACGCCUCAUGACGAGUCCGAACAUCUUUCUUUGGCUCCUGUCGAAGUUGAGUCGUUAGAGGAUGAUAUUAUGUCCGACAGUACUUCGAUUCAUACCAGUAUCUCCGCCAGAGAUGGCUCGCACAAAGUAUCCCCCAUGUAUACUAAAAUUUCAAAUAAAAACUGUAUCAUCGUGCCAGUGACUGUACACAGGAAUAUGGAGAAAACUUGACGUUGCACUUAAAUACGUAUGUAUUUAUUAAGUUGUGUUUAUAUGUAAAUUUGUGUAUUUUUAAUAUAAAGUGUAUUAAUAAUUUUUGUACCUAUAUAUCUUGCCAAUGCCACUUUUUAACGGAAUCAAUUUUACCUGAAUACAGUAUUUGUAAAUAUUUGUAAUUUAUGGAAUAUAUUUUUAAUACAGAUUCUAGCCUGCACCUUUU